CGAACUACAGUCAGUUUGCCUCGACUUCACGACAGGAUAAUGAUAGGUAACGAAACCGCUGAUUAACUUACUCGCGAGUAACGCUUUGUGUGCGAAUAGGAGCUCUGGAUAAAGUGUCACCUUUUGGAAACCAUUAAAACCCGCUACUCUUUAACGUCCGACGUAAGAAUACGCCGUCCAUUCUGGCAGUCAAACUGUUACAAAUGGGGAGUUUUCCACAUGAAACGAGCGUUGCCUUUUGCUGGUGCAAUGCCGACCUGGACAGAUCGGCGCAAUGGAGACUGUGAGAUGUAAAACAGGGGUCUUUAUUGAUGUUUUGUAAUCUGGACUCUAUUUAAUAACUGGCUGACGUGGGAUCGUGCAGAGGGGGGCUGGCGGAAAAAGAAGAGACAUGGGCUUGCAGAGGGGCUGCGCCGCCGCGCGUCUGGGAUUAACUUACUGUAAACACACUUUAUUUCUUCAAUAAGUUUCUCCUUAUACCAUUUACUCCUAACCGCUUUAAUAAUAUAAUGCAACCGUUUGUGUAUAAAUCGCGAAGGAAACGUUGGGAUUUGAGUAAGUUAGAGUUUGUUAUUGUAGCGGUUUUCUUGAGAAGCUCAAGCUGACCACUGCUUACAAGUUUAUGGAUGUUUACGUCUGUAAAUAGUUUGAAAGUUUAUAAAGUCUCGAUCUUGUCAUCACUCCGACAUUUUGGUGUAUUAAUUAUUUUUCAUAUCCUCUAUUUAUGUGGCUUAUAAAGAGUACUGUUUAAAAUGGUUGAGAAUAGGUGUUUUGUUCAAAGAGAGGAUGUUUACCGCUGGUUCUCGGUGCUGAGUUCGGCACAUAGGGCUGAAUUCCUUUGUGGCCUUUUGGACCUGUGCGUGCCCAUCGAGCUGCGCUUCCUCGGUUCGUGUUUGGAGGACCUGGCCCGAAAAGACUACCACUCCCUGAGGGAUGCUGAAAUCAAAGCCAACAACCCGGCCGACCUCGCCAACCUUACCAACAUCACGGAUGAGGUCGUAAGGAGCAAGUUGCUCGUCUCCCUCGCGCUCCUCAGCUCUGACAACCGCGUGGCGGCGGGAGUUUUGUUUCGGACUCUCACUCACAUUGACACCAUCAUCAAUAAUUACGGCCUGCAGCUUAACGAUGGACAGACAGGGGAGCAGUUUUUGCUCCUCUUCACCAUGGCCUCUAACCACCCCGCCUUUAGUUUUCAUCAGAAGCAGGUGCUGAGGCAGGAGUUGACGCAGAUCCAGGAGAUCCUACAAGUGACAGUUGGUGAGGCGCCGUCGACGUCACACGGAGGCGGGGCCAGUGGCCUCGCGACCUCGACCUUUCCUUCAUACAUCACCACCUUCAACUCUUGCCAGACCGGAUGUCCGUGCUGCACAAAGACCAUGCAACGGGAGGUAACAGGAGGUCAGACAGAUGAAGGUUUGGGUCCUGAGAUCAUGCCCCCAAGUCCAUCGCUCAUAUGCCAGGAGAUGCCACUCAAAGCGCAAACCGGAAAACCCAGCAAAGUGUAUGUCGAAAGAAUUGAUCUCAGAGUCACACCCAAACCAGACAAACCAACCGAAUACAUACUAGAGGCUCUGUGGUCUGAUUCUACUCGGUCGACCGUCAGCAAAACCUCUCAGGAAGUGCUGGAGUUUAUUUCCCAGCUCGCUCAACUCUUUCCUGAUGAAUGUCUGGAAAAACUCUUGCCACCGAUGGCUGGACUUGAUUCGGCACAGGAGCUAGAUCCUCUGUGCUUGACCUCCCUCCCGCCUCACGUCCUGAAACACGACAAAGUCUGUUUGUUUUUCAGCACCUCAUCCGCACCUCAGCUCCCCGUGAGCACAAAUCUUGGAUGUCUGCUUCAAUAUAGAGGAGCUAACAGGCCUAUUUGUGGGGUCGCCAGCAUACAGCCAGUCCUAGGAAUCCACACCUCCCUUCCUCAGAACUCCCCGGCCCACCUGCCUCCUCUUCCACCUCAGACAGCAGUGGCCAUCCUCCCCAACAGUGCUGUAACCAUGGGGGAGGGCAGCCCUCCACAGUCACAUCUCCCAAACCACGUACCCCAACAUCAGCAGUCCCAGUCAAGCCCGGAGCAGAGCGGCAUUUUGGACUGGCUUCGUAAACUGAGGUUGCACAAGUACUACCCUGUCUUUAAACAGCUGACCAUGGAAGAGUUCCUCGCUCUCACGGAGGAAGAUCUCAACAAGUACGACCUCACUCAGGGGGCCAAGAAGAAACUGAAGACUCAACUGGAGCUCCAAAAAGAGAAGCUGGAGAAGAGAUACGUUGUCUCUCAGUUUCCUGUUUCCUGCGGAGGGGUUGCCAGAGUGACCCCCUCAAGUCACAUGGGACCCCUGACACACACCGGCAGCACUGGUACAGAGUUACGUGUAGACGUGGAGAACAGCUCACUGCCCAUACCACGAGACAGCAGUUCGUCCUCAGGUUAUUCCAGUGCACCUACCAGUCCAAUGACUCCCCUGUCACGUGACGCUUCCUUUGACAGGGUCAAAGACCCUCUUAGACGUUUGGAAUCUGGUUUGGACAAUGUCGAGAAAGAGCGUUCCUGUUUUCUUCUCAAUCCUGCGGUAUCCACCGGUCCAAGCCGUCCCACCGCUCAAGUCCUACCGGUCCAAAACGACCCCUCCCACAUGAGCUUACCUUCACCCUCCCUGCCACUCCUUUCGCCGGGCCGAAUCCUUAACUCUCCACGCAAACCCCACCCACCCCCAUUGUGUUCAGAAGAACGCCCCAAACCGAUGGGGUCCGGGGUCGCCAUGGGCGUUCGGCUUGAGAGCGUCUUCGCUGGGUUGAGUAUAGACGGAUCUCCCGGGCACCAAGAAUUGUCAGGCUCUCGAGUGCCCCUCACGGUGCUUCGUUCCCCUCCAGGCCUCAUGGUGGAGACCAGCACUUCCCUUACCUCCACAUCAAACACCCUCCACCACAUCUCCCAACCCCCCUUACACCUACAGGUGUCUUUCUCGUCUCCCCGCACAGGAUCUUACCCUUUCUCCACCACGUCCUCCUGCCCAUCAUCAAUCUCCUCCACCAGACCCUCUUAUUCACCUGUAAGCGGUGUACCCAUAGCAGCAGCUAGCAGCAUUCCCAUGGCUGCCGUACCCGGCAACACUUACUGCGUGAACAGUACCCCCGCGUCCACGCCCACUUCCAGCCCAGCAUCCACAGAAACCAGCGCCUUUGCCUCAGUGCAAGCAAACAGCUCUAACUCCAGUUCGUCAUUGUGUGUUUGUAGCUCUUGUGGUUGUAGUGGUAACUGCGGCUCGUACGGGCCGUUGCCGGUGAGCUACGCCGGAUACUUCCCACACCCGUUUUCAGGAACGUCUGUGUUCACGUUAGGGCCUUUGCUUCAUUUCAGCCCGCUCCUUACGGGAAGCGGUACCGGCUCCCCUUUCUCGUAUCCUCUGGUGGCUCCGCCCAUUUACAACAGCAGCCUAUCACAUGACUCACAACAGAAUAUCGUGCUGCCCCCGGUUCAGGGUUUCCUCGGGGGAGGGGGUGGUGUGUACCAACCCCAUGGAAUGAUGGGAAAUGGGCAUAAGAAAACAGGGAACGUGUCCUGCUAUAACUGCGGGUUGAGUGGGCAUCGCGCACAGGACUGUAAGCAGCCAGCAAUGGACUCUGCACAGCAAGGGACGUUUCGUCUGAAAUAUUCUCCACAGUCUGACAGCCAAGACUCAGGGGAUUAAAUCUUACGUAAGAACUCGUUUGGACCUGCACCUUCCUCAGUGUUUGAAGAAACGUAACGUAAAACUUCACUGAGCAAAGACAUUAAAAGGCUUUGCCUAAGGAUCAGAUUUGAUCAGUUACGGCUCUGUCACAGAACCUUUGUGCCAAAUAAUAGAGGGAAGAUGUUUCGCUAGGCACAGAUGUUCAAAGGAGUCAAAAAACUUUCUCUUUGUGUUCAUCUGUGCGUUUCUGACUGUUCAUUGCACUUCAAACUUGCCAGGGCAAGUCAAAGCAGAGCCGCUGAUUCGGUCAAUGUUGCCGCACAUAUGAUUCUUGGAAGCGAAAUAAACCAAGCUUGCAAAUAACGGGCAAUGAUGGCCACCUCUUUUUGCUUUUGGUUGAUAUAAGUCAGCCUUGGGGAAAGGGGUACUGAUAUCUGCAUACUUGAGAUUCAAAAUCUGACCGCCAACGGUCUUUAACUUUACCGUCAACUUUGUCGAAAAAUCACAUGUAGCACUUUUGACUACCUUGAGGGACAUUUCUCUUGAAGACAUCAUGUGUUAGUUGUAUGUGACUAUUUUGUUGUAAUCAAGGUAUAUUUUUAAUGUCAACGUUUUUGCAAACAUGUUUUUUACUUUUUUGUUAUUUUUUUAAUAUUGUGUUAUCGAAGUGAAAUGAAAUGCAAACUCAAAAACAGCCAAGUAAAACCGUAAGGGAAAAGGGAAAAGGGAAAAACAAUCCAGACAGCAGACGACUCUGGGCCGGAUCCGCACUGGAUUCACCUGAAGUCUGCUGUCUGGGAAAAAACAAACGCUUAAAAAAUGACAUUGUCUGG